AUGGCACUUUUAAGUAAACUAAUUCGGCUUAGCCCGGCUGCUGCCAUAGCAUCUGCGAUUUCGCUUGGUUCCACAGUCUAUGCAAUGGACCCUUCCACCACGACGGCAGAGCGCCUCUAUGGCGAAAUUGCCGGACCUAGCUUGGAGGCGAAGCCGAAUUUCGUAUUUUCCCCAUUUAGUAUUUUUAGCGUUUUUCACACUGCACAGAGGGGUGCUGCGGGGGAAACCCGGGAGCAGAUGGAUGCACUCGUUGGUCCCACGGAGAGCUUUGACAUCCCCGAGCUUAUGCAGCCACCGCAGAAAGAUGGUGCUGUCGCCGUCGACGUUGCAAACCGCCUCUACGUUCACCCUGGACUGGAGGACAACAAGCAGUUCAACAAAUUCAAGCAAGAGUUGGAGAAGGAGAAGCAGAGUGCAGAAACUCUCGACUUCUCAGACGGCGUAGCUGCCGCCGAUAAAAUCAAUACGUUCGUCGCUACUACCACGCGCGACCACAUUAAGAACCUCAUUAGCCCCUCCGCUCUCGGGGCACAGACGCGCCUUGUAUUGGUGAAUGCACUGUACUUCAAAGCCCCAUGGCUGCAGCAGUUCGAAGGUGCAUCCACAAGCCAGGGUGUCUUCUUCACACCCUCUGGUCCUAAACAGGUGAUGUUCAUGAAGGGGAAGCUGGACAAGGCACCUCUUUUGGUAUCUAUGAAGAGAGAAGCGUUGGCAGUAGGGCUGCCUUACACAGACCCUCGUCUUCGCCUGUAUAUCGUGAUGCCCGAGGACCUUGCCAGUUUCGAGAAAUCGAUGAUCAGUGACCCCCAGAUUCUGGAGAAAACAUUUGCAGACAUGGAGAGCUCAGCUAUGGACAGAUCGUUCGAAGAGGAACUGUUUUUGACCUUGCCGAAGUUCAAGUUGUCCGCAGAUGACAACAAGGUCGACCUGACAGAGAUUUUCGGCAGGCUGGGAGCCACGGACAUGUUCGAUAUGGCAAAGGCCGACUUCACAGGCAUCACUGGAGACCGAGACCUCUUCGUUUCUUCUUUUGUGCAUCAGGCAGAUAUCGACGUGAACGAGGAAGGCACAGAAGCCACUGCUGCAUCUGCAAUGAUCAUGAUGUUGCGCGCCAUGCCCAUGCCAAAGACACCAAUCCACGUUACGGUGGAUAAACCCUUCAUCUUCCAGCUGCGCUUCGUAGAUGGGGACACCAAUCUUAUUCUUUUUAGCGGCCGUGUUGCGGACCCUGCAGCUGCACAGCAGUAA